ACCCCUUCUGGUUUCCUGAAAAGGGGGCUGGCUGGCUGGGUUGAGAAAUCGGACUUCGACUACACGCCGCGGUGACCUCUGCAAUCGCCACUUCAAUUUGGCAAAUUAAAGCAGAACGGGACGGGGACGUUUUCGCUGACAUUGUGUUUUCUGACGCGUGAUAAAAAAAAAAGAAAAGAGCUUAACCAACGCGUCAACAUGGACUAUAAACCAAUUAUGGACCACGGAAGGUCGAGUUACGGCGUGCCCAAUCCGGGUUACCUCCCGUCAGCCGAGGGUCCUUCUGCAAUGUUUGCCCCACCCGCGCCUGACUCUCAAGGGCCGAGCGCUCCGCCAGCCAGCAUGUUUGACAACAUGCCCGGCUACGAAGGCACCGUGGCGGGCGGAGGAGGUGGAUUUCUGCCCCCUCCGAUGCCAACGCAUCCGACUCCUCAGCCUCAACCUGGAUCUGAACAACCGCAAUGGAAUAUUCCGUCAAUAAGUGAGGCUACGGCGCGGGAGGCUUUUGCACUGUGGGUUUCCAGCAAGUGUUGUUAUAGUUCAGCACCGGUAAAAGAUGGAGUGAUCACCAACAUGGAGGCUUUCAAUACCUACAGGUACCGCUUGGAAACAUUCACCGAAUCGAGAUCGACCGAGUGGAGUCAUGAGCCGUAUAAGGGCCAGCCGGUGGAUGCAUACGCCCAACCUCCUCCGGGGCCCUGGGACAUUCCUGCAACGGCCCCCAGUUAUUUUACCGAUAGUCAACAGAUCAUCAAAGUUCCCUACACUUCCUCUAUGAAGAGCUGUCACGUUUGCAUGGGAAUGGGGCGGACACCUUGCAAAGACUGUACCGGCGCAGGCAAUAAAGUUUGCUGGGUCUGCAACGGGGCUGGUUUCCGCCAUGGAAACGAGCGAUGCAAUCAUUGCUUCGGCAGAGGGCGGGAAAACUGCCACUUCUGCCACGGACAAGGAUUCAAGCAAUGCCCCACUUGUCAUGGAAAACAGCAGCUUUUGGUCUAUAUCAACCUCACCGUAAAAUGGACCAACAACUCGGAUAACUAUGUUGUGGAGCAAUGCAGUGGACUUGACUUGGAUAACCUGAGCCAAGUGUCUGGCAAGGAGGUUUUCAGGGACUCUCAGUACUUGGUUUAUCCAGUGAUGGGGUUCCCGGACCCUGCUGUGGUGAAUGCCGCACAGCGUUUAAUCAGCGAACACCAGGGCAGGUUCUCCCAGACCUCUCGCAUUCUUCAACAGCGUCAAACUAUCGAACUGAUCCCUGUCACCAAAGUGACCUACUCGUGGAAAGGGAAAACGCACAUUUACUUUGUCUAUGGAAAUGAAUUUAAAGUCAAUGCAGACAACUACCCUGCCACCUGUUGCUGCACAGUGAUGUAACUGUAGAAGCCGAUGUGUCCCUAUUGUUCUCUCUCAGUAAUGAUGGAAUCUUAAUUAAUGCAGACAACCACUCUGCCACCUGUUGCUGCACAGCAAUGUCAGUGCAGAAGCCAAUAUGUCCAUAUUCUUCUCUCUCCUCGACGAUGAAAUCCUAAUUGAAAUUGUAUGCUUGACGUAUUUACUAUAUGACAGUAUAUGGUAUGUC